AUGAUGUUAGAAAUAACAGAUAAAUGGUUAAUUGAAUUUUUUGAUAAAUUAUAUAAAGAAACUAAUUCUACUAAUAAAUCAGAAAAAACUAAUAAUAUUUAUAUUUGCAUUUUGCAAACUUCUAGAGCAUCAGCUACUUCUAUUGAUAUACUUGCAAACAUAAGAUUAUUAAUAUUAAGAAAAACUGUAGAUAGGUAA